AUGUUGCCAGCAUUUUUCUGUAUUGCCGCUAUCUUGGUUAUAAACAUUACACAUUGGCUUUACAAGUGGUGGAAUCCGGACUGCAAUGGAGUGCUCCCACCUGGUUCAAUGGGGUGGCCACUACUUGGAGAAACUCUCCACUUCUUUGCUCCGAACACUUCAUCUGAUAUUCCUCCUUUUGUGAAGGAAAGAAUGCAAAGAUACGGGCCACUAUUCAAGACAAGUUUGGUGGGACGGCCAGUUAUAGUAUCCACAGAUGCAGAUCUUAAUUAUUUCAUAUUUCAACAAGAGGGACAAUUGUUUGAAAGCUGGUAUCCAAGUACCUUUGUGGAAAUAUUCGGGAGGCAGAAUGUAGGUUCUUUGCAUGGGUUCAUGUACAAGUACCUUAAGAACAUGGUUCUGAAUCUGUUUGGUCCGGAAAGUCUGAAAAAGAUGCUUCCUGAUGUUGAACAAGCAUCAAAUAUGUACUUAAAAAGAUGGUCAAGCCAGACAAUAGCUGAGAUCAAGGAAUCAACCUCAAAGAUGAUAUUUGAUCUGACUGCAAAGAAGUUAAUCAGUUACGAUGUAGAAAAGUCCUCAGAUAAUCUAAGGGGAAAUUUUGAAGCUUUCAUAAAAGGAUUAAUCUCCUUCCCUCUCAACAUUCCUGGAACAGCCUACCACAAAUGUUUACAGGGAAGAAAGAAGGCAAUGAAGAUGCUCAAAUGCUUGCUACAAGAAAGACGUGAAAGGCCAAGAAAGAUCCAAAGUGAUUUCUUUGAUUACGUCCUGGAAGAACUUCAACGACAGGAUACGAUUCUUACAGAGUCAAUAGCUCUGGAUUUGAUGUUCGUGUUACUCUUUGCCAGCCAUGAGACAACCUCCCUGGCACUAACUUUAGCAAUGAAAUUUCUUUCGGACCAUCCUUUGGUGUUAAAAGAAUUGACAGAAGAGCAUGAGGCAAUAAUUAAAAAGAGGGAAAAUCCAGACUCCAGAUUAACAUGGAAUGAGUACAAAUCAAUGAAGUUUACAUUUCAGUUUAUCAACGAAACAGUCAGACUGGCCAACAUAGUUCCUGGCAUUUUCAGAAAAGCACUGAAAGAUAUCAAAUUCAAAGGACAUACCAUUCCAGCUGGUUGGGCGGUUAUGGUUUGUCCUCCAGCUGUGCACUUGAACCCUGCCAAAUAUAGCAAUCCCCUUGAUUUCAAUCCAUGGAGAUGGGAGGCAUUAGACACAAAUGGUGCCUCAAGAAACUUCAUGGCUUUUGGUGGUGGUAUGAGAUUUUGUGUAGGAACGGAUUUCACCAAGGUGCAGAUGGCCGUCUUUCUCCAUUGCUUGGUAACCAAGUACAAGUGGCAAGCAAUCAGAGGUGGAGACAUUGUACGAACUCCUGGUUUACAGUUUCCAAAUGGAUUUCACAUCUCUCUUUCUGGAAAAAAUGCACAAAAGUAG